AUGGCAUCUGGUUCAAAUGAUGACUUCCGAAAGAAUUUAAACAUUUUGAUUCUAGGAAAAGCUGGAUCUGGUAAAAGUAGGACUGCAAACAGUAUUCUUGGUGACAAAAAUGCUUUUGUCUUUGGUGAACCAACUGAAAAAUGCGAUGUUAUAAAACGCGAACGAUUUGGAAAAAAUGUUAACGUGAUUGAUACGCCUUUUGAUGCUGCAUUACACCCAGAAAAAUUACAAAGUAUCAGUCAGAUAAUUGAAAAGGAAAGCAUAUGCAUAUCUUACACGGUUUGUUUAAUUUGUGUACAAAUAGGCAGAUUUUCAGAUGAAGAUCUACAGACCUAUACAAAAUAUACUGAGUAUUUUGAUGAUAACAUUCUCCAAUUUUGUGUCGUAGUUUUUACAAAUGGUGACAAAUGGGAAAACGAUAUGAACGACAGAGGAAUCCAGGAUCCAAAUUUCAACUCUUAUAUUGAAAAGCUUUCUGGUCCUAGCAAAGCUUUGUUACAUAAGUGUGAUGAUAGAUUUGUCAUGUUUAACAACCGGAGACAGGGGGAAAAAAACGACAAACAAGUGGAAAAACUUUUAGGACUUGUUGAGGAAAUAUUGCAAAAUGACAAAAAAACAGGCAUUCCGAAUAAAAUGUUCGACUUAGCCAAAAGCGCUUUAAUCAUCACAAAAGCAGCAUCAUCAAAAUCUGUUUCCACUGUGGUCACAGGCUUUAGCUAUUUAAAUACAGCAAUCGAUUUUUUCACAGGUAAUAAAGAUAUAACCAUGACAAUUACUCCAAGAGAUAGUGUAGCCAAUAACAGGCCAAUAAAUGAAUAA